GGAGGGGGAGGCGUGCACUCCGGAGCCAGCCGGGGGCUGCGAGGCGGAGACAACCAGGCCACCGGCCGCCGAGGGUGCCCGCCGAGGCGACCCGCCCUCCUAGCCGCGGUGCGGACAGACAGACAGACCACGCUGCGUGCAGGAGGCGCCCGGCCAUGUUCAGCCGGAGCUCCCGGAAAAGACUCUCCAGCCGCUCGUUGACUGGACUGGGGCGAAUAGAGAGAGGCCAGCCAUGUAAUGCCUGUGGUGACCAGUGCCCUGGGUUUGCCUUGCAUAAAUGGAGGAAGAUCUGUCUGCACUGCAAGUGCCCUCAGGAGGAGCACAUGGUGACGGUGAUGCCCCUGGAGAUGGAGAAGACCGUCAGCAAACUCAUGUUUGACUUCCAGAGGAACUCGACCUCAGAUGACGACUCAGGCUGUGCCUUGGAGGAGUACGCCUGGGUCCCGCCCGGGCUGAAGCCUGAACAGGUUCACCAGUACUACAGCUGUCUCCCAGAAGAGAAAGUUCCUUAUGUCAACAGUCCUGGAGAGAAACUGAGAAUCAAGCAGCUAUUACACCAACUGCCGCCACAUGACAAUGAGGUUCGAUAUUGCAAUUCCCUGGAUGAGGAAGAGAAGAGGGAGCUAAAGCUCUUCAGCAACCAGAGGAAACGUGAAAACUUGGGCCGAGGGAAUGUCAGGCCCUUCCCAGUCACCAUGACUGGAGCGAUUUGUGAACAGUGCGGAGGCCAGAUAAAUGGUGGGGACAUCGCUGUGUUUGCAUCGCGUGCUGGCCACGGUGUUUGCUGGCACCCACCCUGCUUCAUAUGCACUGUCUGCAAUGAGCUCCUGGUGGAUUUGAUCUACUUUUACCAAGAUGGGAAGAUAUACUGUGGCAGGCAUCACGCCGAGUGCCUGAAGCCACGCUGUGCAGCCUGUGACGAGAUCAUCUUUGCAGAUGAAUGCACCGAAGCUGAGGGGCGGCACUGGCACAUGAAACACUUUUGCUGCUUCGAAUGCGAAACAGUGCUAGGCGGCCAGCGCUACAUCAUGAAGGAGGGAAGGCCCUAUUGUUGCCACUGCUUCGAGUCCUUGUAUGCAGAAUAUUGUGACACCUGUGCCCAACACAUAGGGAUUGACCAAGGCCAAAUGACCUAUGAUGGCCAACACUGGCACGCCACUGAAACCUGUUUCUGCUGCGCUCACUGCAAGAAAUCCCUCCUUGGACGGCCGUUCCUUCCAAAACAGGGCCAGAUAUUCUGCUCACGGGCCUGCAGUGCUGGGGAAGACCCCAAUGGCUCUGACUCCUCCGACUCAGCCUUCCAGAACGCCAGGGCCAAGGAGUCCCGGCGCAGCGCCAAAAUCGGCAAGAACAAGGGCAAGACGGAGGAGCCCAUGCUGAACCAGCACAGCCAGCUGCAGGUUAGUUCCAGCAGACUGUCGGCCGAAGUGGACCCCCUAUCACUGCAGAUGGACCUGCUCAGCCUGUCCAGCCAGACACCCAGCCUCAACCGGGACCCCGUGUGGAGGAGCCGAGACGAGCCCUACCAUUACGGGAACAAGAUGGAGCAGAGCCAGUCCCAGAGUCCCUUGCAGCUGCUCAGCCAGUGCAACAUCAGAACUUCCUACGGUCCAGGAGGGCAGGGGGCUGGGGCACAGCCAGACAUGUGGGCUAAGCACUUCAGCAACCCCAAAAGGAGCUCGUCGCUGGCCAUGAAGGGGCACGGUGGCAGCUUCAUCAGCCUCUCUGCGGACGGUGGCGCCAAGCGCCAGGAGCAUCUCUCCCGGUUUUCCAUGCCUGACCUCAGCAAAGACUCUGGAAUGAAUGUCUCGGAGAAGCUGAGCAACAUGGGCACGCUUAACUCAUCCAUGCAGUUCCGGAGCGCAGAGUCCGUUCGCAGCCUGCUCUCCGCCCAGCAGUACCAGGAGAUGGAGGGAAACCUCCACCAGCUCGGCAACCCCAUCGGGUACAGAGACCUGCAGUCCCGUGGAAGGAUGCAUCAGAGCUUUGAUUUUGACGGGGGGAUGGCGGGCAGCAAGCUACCAGGGCCGGAGGGCGUGAGGAUCCAGCCCAUGAGCGAACGCACUCGGAGAAGAAGUACGUCCCGCGAGGACACCCGCCGCUUCCGACCUCACCGGUCCCGGCGUUCCCGACGCUCUCGCUCCGACAACGCCCUCCAUCUGGUCAGCGAGCGCGAGGCCAUCUCUCGGUUGAAAGAAAGACCCCCGCUACGAGCCAGGGAGGACUAUGACCAAUUCAUGCGCCAGCGGAGCUUCCAGGAGAGCCUGGGCCAGGGGUCCCGGAGGGACCUGUAUGGCCAGUGCCCGAGGACUGUGUCGGACCUGGCUUUGCAGAAUGCCUUUGGGGAGCGAUGGGGACCCUACUUCACCGAGUAUGAUUGGUGUUCCACCUGCUCCUCCUCCUCGGAGUCUGACAACGAGGGCUAUUUCCUAGGAGAACCAAUCCCCCAGCCAGCCCGCCUGCGAUACGUCACGAGUGACGAGCUUCUGCACAAAUACAGCUCUUACGGCCUCCCCAAGUCGUCCACGUUGGGCGGCAGGGGACAGUUGCACAGCAGGAAAAGACAAAAGAGCAAAAACUGUAUAAUUUCUUAAUCGGGCUGGGGUCAGGGUAUGGGGGAAGAUGGGAGCUAAGAAUGUAAAUUCAGAAACUUGCACUGUUUUCAAUUUUAAAGCGCUUUUGGGGGGUGGUUACUGGGAGAGAAGAAGGGAAAUGCUGUCAGUUGAUGAAGGCAAGAUUACAGAUUGACUCAAUAGGUAGUCACAGUUCUUGGCAUGUUGAAUAUUAUUUGCACAUUUCACUUUGGAAACUCUAGAGACUCUACGGAGGCCAGGGUUGGUCUCCAACCUCCUGUCAGUGUGUUGAGUUGUCACUCGCAAGAUGGCACAUUGUUUCCCCGCUCGCUUACGUCCUCUCUGGUUCUCUUAUUUUAGGACCCUUUUUCCAUUAAGUAAUUUGUUUAUUAGCCAGGACCCAAGACUAAGUUAUUUACAUGACCAUUGUAAAUGCAAUGUAAAUGAGAGUUCUGAUAAAAUAUUUUUGUAUUUUGUAAUAUCAAAGGAAUUUCUAUAUCGUAGGACUCAGUGAAAGACUUGCAUGCACAUCCAGCAUUGUCUUCGAGUAGUAUUCAGAGGUGGUCCAGGAUCGCCUGCUUUUUUUUCUUUUUUCUAUACAAAUUUGUUACAUGUCAGUGAGACCUUUUUCAAAGGAGUUUAUUUAAUCUGACUUUCUGUGGCAAAAAAAAAAAAGAAAAAAAAAGAAAAAAAAAGAAUUAACUAUUAUACCCAAAGCAUUUUAUGCUCUAUUUCAUCUUAAGGAGCCAUCCUUAAGUCUACUCUCACCCUCAGUAGAAUCUGUUCUCUACAAAGUGUUAGUCAUUUUUUAAAAUAGCAAACAUAAUUGCCAAUUAGAGAAACCAAUCAGUGUCAGUAAAGUUCUGUGAGAAACGCCAUCCCUGCUGGGAACAUUGAAGUUGCUUACUAUUGAUCUCUUCCUUGGGGAAAAUAAAAGUGACUGUGAGUGGUGCUGUUGUGUGAUGUCAGCAUGACGUUGUUUUGAAUGUGGCAUUAUUUUCUGGUGCUCAUGUUUCCUGGAUUGUAUUAUCUGCUUUCCUUUACCAAGGCAGACGGAACAGCUGCCUUAGCCUGACAACCGGUUGUCCUCAGUGCAAAUGAACUUAAGCAUUAGGAACUUAGGGACGGAAAGGCUCUGAUGGGGCUCUGGGAGUGACAGUGUGUUCUAGUUUGUAUGAUAUGCAUGGAGAAGGAAUAAGGCAAUUGGAAAAUACAAAGCAGGUCAAGGGUAAAAACUGAAAGAGAAUAGGAAGGAAGGUCAGAGGGGGAGGAAGAGCUUCUGGAAAUGAGGUAGGGGAGAGGUGACAGCCACCUCAAAUAGCCCCUCGUUGCUUGUGGAAGCAAUUCAGUGUAACACACUCCAUAACCAGAGUAUCUGGGUUACCCAGAAAGGUUGAGCUGCUCAGGAGAUUUCAGUGUGAUGGUCUUGAAAAACAAUUGUUGCUGAAAGGAGAAUUUCCAUCUUGAACUUUGGAGACCAUUGGUCAGACAGAAAAUGGGCUCAAAAGUUAGUUUGCUUAAAGAAGACAUUUAACGGUUGUGUUGUCUAUAGUAAAAUAAAACUUCCUUCCUUGCUUCAGUUAAAAAUGAAGCGCUUGCUUUUCCUUCCAUUCUCCUCCUCCCCUUAAUGGAUUAUGGCAGUUGAAAUAAUCCAUCGCAGGACCCACCUUUAGUGAGAUGUACUGUCGAUGUAGUACACAGUGUAUCUCAGUGGCCAUUUGCCAUGGUGAGGUGAACGUGGUCUCUUUUCAGUAUAGUAGUUAAUAUUUUCUAGUAUUUUUUUAUGGAGAGAAUGUGAAAAGUGGCUUUUCAGACACCAUGCCAAAUGGGUCUGGGGAAAGGAAGGCUGUAAAGGAUGUGGAAAUAGCACUCCAUUCAGGAUGUAUUAAAAUAAUUUGCUUUUCAGGUAUUAAUAUGACAUUUGUCAUUGUCACUGAUUUUUUAAAAAAGCAAUGCAAAUGUUGGUUGUGGCUGUUUUCCGCAUGCUAUCUUCAUAUCUAAAUGCUUCAUUAAUUAUCCAAGCCUCCAGAGAAUUAACUCUAUUACGUUUGUAUAGUAAGUUUGUAAACUGCUUGGCAAACUGAUUUUAAGAAAUAAUGUGCAACACCACAUGACUAAAGUGGCAGAUUUCUGGUAGAAAUUGGGCAAGUCCAAUUUAGGGUUUUGAGUUCCUCGUUCGAUGAGAAUAAAAAGGCAUUUUGGAAAAAGAAAAAAGAGAAACUAGUAGAUCACUUAACCUAGCACAAACUGAAAAUAAUGUAGGUCCUCUGUAGCCUGGAACCCAAGGAAAGAAAUUCUCCUGGUAAAUAUCGCUUUCUAACUCCGUCCUUUGCAUUUCUCAGAUGAGGCUUUAACCACCAUUAGCAGAAAGAAGAAGGUGGCCUAGAAACUGACACAUAACUAGUACCCAAAGGGAUUGGAGGAAUGAGCAAUUUCAGAUCUAGUUGCCCAGGCAGCAUCUAGCAGCGAAACUGGUCAGAGCUUGAGAUGUAAUGAGAUAUAAGCCUCAGGGUCAAACUCUCUACAAGCAAGAUCACCUCCAUCUGUUUCACCGCUGCAGAUGUCAUCUCCCCACCCCACAUGGAGCCAGGUGCCUUACAGAGAAUGCCAAUGGAGGUCGGCUACAUCCUAACAAUGGUCAUGGAGCCUCCAGGUGAAAGCCCCAGAGAGAGCAGGGUGUCAUAGUUUUGGGCGUUCUACCUGUUAGUGAUAACACAUACCAUCCCAGAAUCCCAUCCCUCAAAAUUCGAUGCAUUCUUUUCUGAGGCAAGAACUUAGGGUCUUUCAUUGAUUCCUCCAUUAUAACCAUGAGCUCUUGUUGGCCAAGCUUUGACUGUAAGGGGGUUCUGCGCUCACCUCUUCUUAGAUCACCAUUUCACCUUCAAUAGACUGUUUUUAUAAAAGUAAUCUUUUCUGUUUCCUUUCUGCUCUAAUGCCUUAGAGUUUUGUUUGUUUGUUUUUUACCUCUCC